AUGGAGGUCAACAAGGAUGAGGCCCUGCGCUGCCUCGACAUCGCUCGCCGCCAUCUCCUCACAGGAAACUACCCUAGCGCCCGCAAGUUCGGCCAAAAGUCCAUCUCCCUCUUCCCAACAUCCGACGCCCGCGCCUUCAUCUCUCUUGUCGACGCCAAAGAAACCGCCGCCAACAGCAGCAGUAAUGCUUCUCCCUCGACCUCUUCUUCUCCAGGUCGCUCGUUUUCCACUUCUUCGUCCUUCUCUACUCCAAGGACAGGUGGCACAAGUACAGGUGCGGGAACAGGGACAGCAGCAGGAGCAGCACCGACUUUGAACAGAUCAAAAUCGACCCCGAUCCCCGACCACAAGCCUGUCGAGAGGGACUAUACCCCAGAACAGGUGGCUGCUGUGAAGGCCAUUCGCUCUUCUGGAGGAGACUUUUACAAAGUCCUUGGAGUCAAGAAGGAUGCUACUGACAUCGAGAUCAAGAAGGCAUAUCGCAAGUUGGCCCUUCAAAUGCAUCCAGACAAGAACGGCGCCCCAGGAGCAGAUGAGGCCUUCAAAGUUGUAUCAAAGGCAUUCACGGUACUGAGCGACUCUCAGAAGCGAGCCAUUUUUGACCAGCACGGACCAGAGGAUGGCAAGAGCUCAGGAGUCAACUAUGAUCGCCCAAGACCAGCAACCCAGCAAUACUAUUCUCGUGGAGCAGGAGGAGGCUACGGCGAAGAAAUCUCGCCAGAGGAUCUUUUCAACAUGUUUUUUGGUGGAGGAGGGUUUGGAGGAUCAUUCCAAACAGGAGGAUAUGCUGCAAGGACCCGAGCGCAGCAAACACAGCACCAUCAUGCACGACAGGAGCAAUUCCGACGACAACAUCAACAACAACGCCAACAACGUCAAAACAGCCAGGGCAACCAAGACUUUAACGUUGGCAGUCUAAUCCAGCUUCUCCCCCUGAUCCUCUUGAUUGUUGUCUCCAUUUCUUCGGGCCUCUUUGGUUCGAACGAACCAUCAUCGACUGGAUCCAACUCUGUCUUGAGCGACUUUUCGUUGCGGCCGCGGGAACAGUACACGACGGCUCGACACACGACCCAAAGAAAUGUACCCUACUAUGUCAACGAUAUCCGGUUUAUGAACACCUAUUUCCCUGGACAGCAGUUUGAGUUCAAGUCCUCGUCCGCCAAACAGAUGAAUGUUAAGCCCGACCAGAUCACACUCCAGGGCCGUAAGGUCGGUCGACUGUUUCAACGGAUGGAAGAGCAUGUCGAGAGCGCCUAUCUGAGAGAGAUGCAGGACCGGUGUCGGGCCGAGAGGAGAAAGAAGGAGAUUGCAAGGAACAAGGCAAUGGGAUUCUGGGGGGCCGACCAAAAGCUGUGGCAGGAGGCCCAAAGGAUGACGACCCCUAGCUGUGACAUUGUCAAGGAAAAGUUCUCAAAGUUAGUUCUCUAA